UACCCUUUUUGAAGUCUAUAAAAGGCUGCGCGCUGUGUCUGCCGGCAGUCUCCGGUCGCCGGUCAUGGAAUGCGCCUCUGACGCUGCCCUGGACCCCGAGGCCCCGUGGCCUCCCGCGCCCCGCUCCCGCGCCUGCCGCCUGCUGCCUUGGGCUCUGGUGGCCGUGCUGCUGCUGCUCGUUGCCGCCUGCACCGUCUUCCUCGCCCGCCCCUGGGCCGUGUCCGGGGCUCACGCCUCGCCUGGCUCCGCCGCUAGCCCGAGACUCCGCGAGGGUCCCGAGCUUUCGCCCGACAAUCCCGCCGGCCUCUUGGACCUGCGGCAGGGCAUGUUUGCGCAGCUGGUGGCCCAAAAUGUUCUGCUGACCGAUGGGCCCCUGAGCUGGUACAGCGACCCAGGCCUGGCAGGCGUGUCUCUGGCGGAGGGCCUGAGCUACAAGGAGGACACAAAGGAGCUGGUGGUGGCCAAGGCUGGCAUCUACUACGUCUUCCUGCAACUAGAGCUGCAGCGCGUGGUGGCCGGCGAGGGCUCAGGCUCCGUUUCGCUUGCGCUGCACCUUCAGCCACUGCGCUCUGCUGCUGGGGCUGCCGCCCUGGCUUUGACUGUGGACCUGCCAUCCGCCUCCUCCGAGGCUCGGAACUCGGCCUUCGGUUUCCAGGGCCGCCUGCUGCACCUGGGUGCUGGCCAGCGCCUGGGUGUCCAUCUGCACACUGAGGCCAGGGCAUGCCAUGCCUGGCAGCUUACCCAGGGCGCCACAGUCUUGGGGCUCUUCCGGGUGACCCCCGAAGUCCCAGCCGGACUCCCCUCACCGAGGUCUGAAUAACGCCCAGCCUGGGUGCAGCCCACCUGGACAGAGACUGAACCCUACUCCAUCCUUCAUGGAGACCCCUGGUGCUGGGUCCCUGGUAAUUUCUCUACCUCAAGGGGCUUGGCAGGGACCCCUGCUGCUGACCUCCCCUUGAGGACUCUCCUCACCCACUCCUUCCUCAAGUUGGACCUUGAUAUUUAUUCUGAGCCUGAGCUCAGAUAAUGUAUUAUAUAUAUUAUCUAUAUAUCUAUAUAUAUAUCUAUAUAUCUAUUUAAAGAGG